AUGGCAAGCAUCUUUGGACGGAUUUCUCCCAUGGAUACCGUACAGACAUCCCAUAUAGCCCAAGGGGCAGGGCUGGGGCGGCAGAGACAUAAAGUGAUCGGAGCUUCGUCAUCAGUGGCCCUGUCAACAGCUAGGUCCUUCCUCUAUUGGCUCGUCCUGCUGUCAGUAGUGAGGUUGCCGAUGGUGACAUCUGACUGCUGGCUCAUCGAGGGGGAAAAAGGCUUUGUGUGGCUAGCAAUCUGCAGUAUGAACCAGCCACCUUAUGAGGCUAUCCCUGCCCACAUUAACAGCACUAUUGUGGAUCUGAGGCUGAAUGAGAACAAGAUACGGUCAGUCCACUACUCUUCUCUCAGCCGCUUCGGCAACCUCACUUAUCUGAACCUCACCAAGAAUGAUAUCAGCUAUGUGGAAGAUGGAGCGUUCUCAGCACAAUUCAACCUGCAGGUUCUCCAGAUGGGCUUUAACAAGUUGCGGAACCUGACAGAGGGGAUGCUGCGAGGCCUGGGCAAGCUCCAGUAUCUCUACCUGCAAGCCAACCUCAUUGAGACCGUUACGCCCAACACCUUUUGGGAAUGCCCCAACAUAGAGAAUAUCGACCUCUCCAUGAAUAGGAUCCAAGUGCUGGAUGGCAGUUUGUUUUCUGGACUCACUAAGUUAACCACCUGUGAACUGUAUACCAACCCUUUCAACUGCUCCUGUGAGCUGCUGGGCUUCCUCCGCUGGCUCUCAGUGUUCCCCAACAGGACCAAUGAGCGGAUGGUGUGCGACUCCCCUGCAGGUUUCUCUGGCUACAGCCUCCUCAGCCAGAACCCACGCAUGGCUGCCCACCGCAACGCUCUGCACAUGCUCAGCAUCGUCUGCACAGAUGACGGCAGCAGUGUGACACCAUACUUUGUGAUUGGCUCGUCCGAUUCCACCACCCCGCCCCCAGAUUUUGCCUCUCCCUGUGGACUGGAUGAUUGUCCUUCUGGAGCUUCUCCUGAUGAGCCAAUCAGCUUGAGCCCCAUCUUCUUUGAUUCUAAUCCAGUCAUGAAGUUAAAACAGGUUUUGCACUCAAGUGCUGUGAUUACAGUUCAAAUCCCGCAUCCAUACCGGAAAAUGUACAUCUUGGUACUUUACAACAACAGUUUCUUCACAGACAUACAGAACUUGAGAAGUCAAAAAGAGGACAUUGAGUUGAAGAACUUAAAGCCUCACACAGACUACACGUACUGUGUCGCCUCAAUAAGGAACUCCCUGCGCUUCAACCACACUUGUCUAACCAUCUCUACAGGACGGCGGGCCGGGGCAGGGAGGAUAGCCAACGAGUCGUCAGCCACCCACUACAUCAUGACCAUUCUGGGCUGUUUGUUUGGCAUGCUUCUUUUCCUUGGCCUUGUUGUCCACUGCCUGAGGAAGAGGAGGUUGAUGGAAGAGAAGGAGAGGAAGAUGAGCAGGAUACAGAGGACUCUGAUAGAGCUCAAGUACGGUGGAGGAGGGGAGAUAGAGGGAGGAGGUGGAGGAGGGGGUUCGGUUUCCCAGAAACAGAUGCUUGCUGCUGGAGAGAGUCUGUCUAGGAUGCCCUACCUGCCCCAGGGUGGGGAGAUAGAUCCAUACAAGCUACAGGAGGUGAUAGAAACACCAGCACACAAGCCUGCUAAACUUAACUACAUGGAAGUCAGAGGGUCUGGGGUGGAAAGAGAGCGAGAGCGGGAGAGAGACAGAGAAAGAGAGAGAGAGAGAGAUAUGUCACCUCAAGCCAACCCUCAGGGCUCAGUAGCGGAGAUCUCCACUAUUGCGAAAGAAGUCGAUAAAGUUAACCAGAUCAUCAACAACUGUAUAGACGCCCUCAAAUCUGAGUCUACCUCCUUUCAACAGGGAAUCAAAUCUCCCUCGUCUGCAGGCGGAGGAGCUGUGUCAACUGCUGAGCCACAGCUGGUGCUUCUCUCUGAUCAGGGAGGAGAGAGAGGAGAAAGAGGAGAAAGAGGAGGAGAGUUCCUCUCCCCUGUCUAUAAGGGAGGAAGAGGAGGAAGAGGAGAAGAGAGGGGGAGAAGCUACCAUCACUCCUUGCAGCGCCACCACAGUAUGGAGGCUCCCCCUACCUCCAAGCGGCCCAGCACUUCCUCCUCUCCCGGUUCGGCCCGCAGUCCCCGCUCCUUCCGCUCGGAGGGAGGCUACCACUCCUCUGAGACCCGCUACAUUGAAAGGACCUCUCCUGGAGAGAGAGGAGGAGGAGAACGAGGAGGUGGAGGAGGAGAGGCUAUCCGUACUGUCACCCCAGCAGCGGCCAUCUUACGAGCUGAAGCCCAGAGAAUCCGCCAGUACAAUGAACACCGUCACUCUUACCCCGGCUCCCAGCAGCACCUCCAGGAGCUGCAGCACCACCCUCAGAUCCUGCAGGAGCUCCACCACCACCCAGCGGCCCGUAAGCCCUCCGUCUUAGACCCCCUCACCCUCAGCAGGCAGGCCAAGCAGCGGGAGCUCGCCUACUCACAGCUCUCUCCACACUACCCUCUCUCACCCCAGUACCACAACCUCAGUUACUGCUCCAGCCCCGAGGAAGAUGAAGAGGAAGAAGGGCUCCUCUGCACCCCAACCCUGGGGCUGUGGGAAAGGUUCAAACUGCACCGCAAGAGGCAUCGGCAGGCUUCCAUGGAGGAGGAAGGAUACGUGGCGGCCGGACAUGCACUGAGGCGAAAGGUGCAGUUUGCCAAGGAUGAGGAUCUACAUGACAUACUGGACUACUGGAAGGGUGUGUCCGCCCAGCAGAAGGCCUGAGAUGGAUACCAGUCUGGAGUUUGAAAAACACACACUGCAUACACAACAUAUUGACACAGACCUACAUGAAAAAGACCUGUAAAUACACACACAC